ACCAAAAGACACAAUUAAUUACACAGUUUUUUGUCGUCAACGUAAACGAUUCCAAAUACUCCCAAAACCAAUCAAACUUCAAUAAAUGUUUAUGAAAUCUGGCAGCUCUGUAUAAAAUAGAUGGCUAUGAAGUGAGGGGGUAAAAGAUUGACGUUGCAUUGCAUUAGUAUGUGAAGAGUGAAAGCAUAACCAGCGCAACAAGCGUUAACGUUUUUCGUACUGAAGCAAAACGACCGUUUAUUAUAUUAAAGAUUUACGUUUAUUUAUUCGAAUUAAGAAUGGCUACGAAACGGGCAUUUCAUAUCCUCGAGCAGCGAAAUACCAACGAAAAUCAACAUGUCGGCAAAACUCCAUUGGCAGGUAAAAACGAAGCUCGUUUCCCGCUUAAACUAGCCCUAAAAGAUCUUACCAACAACUCAUCUUCGCGUUCUAACUUGGUCAGUAAAACUCCGCUAAAUUUAAAUACCAAAAAGGGCGUCAAGCCGAAGUCUUUCACUUCCUCAACUUCGAGUCAGAAAAAGUUGUCGGAUAGUGGUCCGAAGCAGCAAACAAUUACCGGUAAAAAAGAAUCAUCCGCGGCGGCUUUCAAUAUUUUUACACCUCAAGACGCGGAAUAUAGACUUUCGGAGAGGUCUUGUCUGCGGGAGGAUCUACUGGAGCAGAUGAUCGAAUUCAGAGGAGAAGUAUACCGUCCAACUAUUAAACCAAUGAGACAACUGCGAAUUGAACCGAUAGAUCUGCCGGAAUUGGAUGUUCCGCAGGUAAGGAAAGAACGUCCACCAGCUUCAAUUUCCCGAAACCUAUUGUUUGAUCUACCCGAGGUGGAAUUACCUGAUCUUGACUUUAUGUUUUAAAUACGAACCCGACCGGUGAUCGUGACAUAAGACUACAUCCGUCUGUUUUUAAGGUUUUCUGUAAUUAUAUCUAUUUUCUCUCUCGAUUCAUCAAUUAUCGUUUGUAAUUGAAUAAAUAUAUGUUCCUGGAUUUAAUAAACUAUUUCGUUUUAUAG